UCAGGUAUCUCCACAGGUAGCCUACAGUGGGCUACAACGCGAGUUAGCCGGGCCACGUCGAAAGUGCAGUAAUUUCAGGUGUUUAAGUGGUUGCUGAUUCUGUCAGUCGGUCAGCUAAUAAGGGCUCUUCAGUUUAUUCGUAAGUUUUUGCUCUGAGAGUGCAUUUAGGCUACUUUAUGGCUUCCGCCACCGUGUGUUCGGAAAUGUCGUUCGCUUCGUUUAAUAAGGAAGUAAAGUUUGUUUACCACUACAGCACAACAUCCCGAGCUGUAGAAUGAGUGUGGGUUUCAUAGGAGCAGGCCAGGUGGCCUACGCUCUGGCAAGAGGCUUUAUAGCUGCAGGCGUGAUUGCCACCCACAGAAUCACAGCCAGUUCCCCAGGCACAGAUCGCCCCACAGUACAGGGACUGCGGAAAAUUGGUGUCAAUUUCACCACCAGCAACAAAGAGACAGUGAGCAAAAGUGAUGUUCUCUUCCUGACUGUGAAGCCCCACAUCAUCCCUUUUGUACUGGAUGAGAUUGGACCAGACAUUGAAGAUCGUCACCUUAUUGUGUCCUGUGCUGCAGGAGUCACCAUCAGCUCUAUAGAGAAGAAGCUGCAGCAGUAUCAUACUGAUCCAAAGGUAAUGCGAUGCAUGACAAACACUCCAGUUGUGGUACGCGAGGGGGCAACUGUGUACGCCACAGGCACCUAUGCAGCAGUGGAGGAUGGAAAGCUUCUGGAGCAGCUGAUGGCCAGUGUAGGAUACUGCACUGAGGUGGAAGAAGAUCUGAUUGAUGCCGUCACUGGCCUUAGCGGCAGUGGUCCUGCUUAUGCGUUUACAGCUAUAGAUGCUCUUGCUGAUGGUGGAGUGAAAAUGGGCCUUCCCAGGAGAUUGGCUAUACGCCUUGGAGCUCAAGCCCUGCUGGGCGCUGCUAAAAUGCUGUUAGACUCAGACCAACACCCUGGGCAGCUCAAGGACAAUGUGUGUUCACCAGGGGGCGCCACCAUCCACGCCCUGCAUGUCAUGGAGAGUGGUGGCUUCCGCAGUCUCCUCAUCAAUGCUGUAGAGGCCUCCUGUGUUAGGACUAGGGAACUUCAGUUUUUGGCGGACCAAGAGAAAAUCUCCCCAGCUGCCAUAAAGAAGACAACUCUGGACAAAGUGUUGCAGCAGCCAGGAGUGACUGUCGAUGGUGUUGGAGUCAGAUCUCAUGGGAUCAGUAUGUUCAACAGCAGUAACCCCAGGACCAAGAAGAAGUAAUCCUUUUAAUGUGUGGAACAAUAAAUAUGCAGUAUAUGCUGUGAAUAAACCACUACUGACAGAAGAACAUACAUUAACCUAGUGCAUUACUUUUCUAGAUUAAAAAUGAGGUAUAAACAAUUUUUUGAUAAUGCUGUAACAGUUCAAGCCAUAUUUCUUUUUGUAAUGAAGUGCCUUUCCUUUUGGCAGGCUAGACUAAAAUAAUUGAAUAUUUGUGGUAUGGCUUAUAAGUUAGAUUCACUUAAUAGCGAUGCAAUUGAGUGGAAUGGACACUCAAUCGCCACUUAUGUGCAACCUGUAUUUAAUGCAAGCUCAAAUUAAUGUUAAUCUCUUAAACAGAAUGUGCUAAAUGGUAUAUGGUGCAAUGAAACUGAGGAUGUUUUUUUUUUUUUACAUGUUUAAAAAACAUUUUGUGAAUGUUUGUGUUAAAACGCAUUGGCAAGGGAGAAAGUAGUUUUUAAAUCACUGUCCAGCACUUGCAUUUUGUUAUAUUUGAAAGGUGCUAUAUAAAUAAAUCUUGAUUGAUUGAGUAAA